UAUUCUAGACAAGAUAUCAUCAUAUGUUGUGUAUUGUCUUCUUUAUUUAUUUAUUUUCUAUGUUUCCACGUUCGGCUAUCAAUUGACUGUCUGUCUCAUAAGCAAAAAGCUAGGCGCUGGGGAAAAAAAGAAAGAAAGAAAGAUUGGUGCAGCAUAUGAACGUUGGGGAGAGAGAAGAUAAGAAGAUGGCCCUGAAAUCGGAUGAUAAGGAUGAGGAACGAGGGUUGAUUAGGCUAACAGUGUGGAGGAAAUCUCUAAUGUUCAGCUGCAAGGGUUUCACGGUGAUCGAUUCAAAGGGAAACUUGGUUUAUAGAGUGGAUAAUUACAUGGAGGGUCACAAGGAAGAAGUCAUCCUCAUGGAUGCAGCUGGCUAUACCAUACUCACCAUGCGACGCAAGAGAUUGAGCAUGCCAGAUAGUUGGCUUGUUUUUGAGGGCGAAGUGGUUGAAGAAGAAGAAGAAGAAGAUUUUACAAGUGGAUGGCCAAAGAAUAAAAAGAAAAAGGAAAAGAAGAAAAAGAAGAAAAGGCCAUUUUGCUAUGUAAGGAAGCAUGUAAAUCUGGUUCCAAAUUCAAAGUCAAAGGUUCUAGCUCAUGUGUUAUAUGAACCAUCUUGCAAGGAUAGAUUGAGUUAUGUAAUAGAAGGGUCAUACGAGAGGCGAUCAUGUAAAGUAGUAGAGAAAUCGAGGAGUAAGGUGGUCGCAGAGAUGAAGAGAAAGGAUGAUAUGAUAAAAGGCAUCUCUUUAUGGGAAGAUGUUUUCCUGUUGAUGGUAAUAGACCCUAAUUUCCACCCGGCCUUCGCCAUGGCCUUCGUUUUACUACUGGAUCAGAUGUUCUCUUGAUUAUAUUUUUCUUUCUUUUCUUUUUCUUUUUUUAUUUAAAAUAAAUAUUUGCUUCUACUUGUACGUACUGAUUGAUACUAGUGCAGCACAGGUGAGAAAUGGAAUGAAUAUAUAGUUACUAGUUUAAAGUCA